CCACCACCCUUUGUGGCCAGCUGCAGAAGAUGGACAGAACAUGAUAAAAAAUCGCCAAACGCACUGAUAAGUGAUAUCCAACUCUUUUCCACCACUUGAUACACAAAUCCUCUGUUGAAAUCCACUACCCCCGCGGUGUAGAGACAUAAGCUACCAUGAGAACGAAAGCGCUUGUUGUCAAUAGUCCGGGCGGUGAGUUUGUUUAUCGCGAUGUGCAAGUUAACGACGAUAUUCGUGAUACAGAGGUACUGGUCCAGAUUGUAGCGACGGGAAUUUGUCUUACCGAUAUCACUUUUAGUCAACAUGAUAUUGAUGGCAUGUUUCCAGCUAUUUUGGGUCAUGAAGGAGCUGGAAUAAUCUCCAAGGUGGGAUUGAAAGUCACCAAUGUUGAGGUCGGAGAUUAUGUCAUUCUCAGUUACACGAGUUGUGGAGAAUGCAAGUAUUGUAUGAGAAAGCAGACGAGCUUCUGCGGUGAUUGGGAGCUUGAUAAUUUCGGUAUAGGCAGAGGGGAGGAUGGGAGUAAAGCUUAUGAAAUCCCCUCUGAAGAGGAAGGAGGCGGGACGGAAAUCACAAGUCACUUUUUCGGCCAGAGUUGCUUCUCUAACUUUUCGGUGGCCAAUGCCAGAUGUUGUGUUAGAGUUGGAGGGCCUGGAAGUGAUUUGGAUCUUUCGUCUCUCGCACCACUAGGUUGUGGUAUCAUGGCAGGUGCUGGUGCAAUGCUCAACGUUCUCAAACCAUCCUCAGAGGACAUCGUUUGCGUUGUUGGAGCAGGUGCUGUUGGAUUAGCAGCUAUCAUGGCGCUCAACCUUCUAGAAAGAAAGCCUAGACAAAUCAUCGCAGUUGAUAUGCUGGACGAGCGUCUAAAAUUGGCUAAACAUUAUGGAGCAACACAUGUCAUCAAGCCAACCAAAGAAAGAGGCUUGCAAAGUACACUGAAACGAAUAACAAACUUCGAGGGGAUCGAUGCUUCGAUCGAUACCACUGGUAAACCGGAAGUUGUUGCAGACUUACUGGAAGCAACAUCAAAAUUGGGAACAGUAUGCAGUGUAGGAGUCGGAGAGCUUGAUGCUGCUGUGUCGAUAAACAUGUUUAGCGCGGUCAAUACUGGGCGAAAAUAUGUAGGCUGCUGUAUGGGAAAUUCUUAUCCACCUGAAUUCCUUCCAAGACUUAUUCAAGGCUGGAAAGACGGAAUGUUUCCGUUCACGGAUUUAAUCACGAGAUACGACGCAGAAGAUAUGGAGAAGGCUAAAGCAGAUGUUUUGAGUGGGAAGGCUGUCAAAGCAGUUCUUGUCUGGGGAGCUUCCAACGAAUAAAUGAGAUGACACUAGAACCACCUUUGGCCAUGACUUAAUUCUUAUUUGAAGGUAUAAAAAUGUUAUGUACAAGAGUGCUUCUUGAUAGAAAGUACAAACUGACAUAUCAGCAAUAGCAGCUUCAUGAAUAGAGCUCAAGAAUGCCCACACGAUUGAACAAUUCCCACAUAUCCGUUCCUACUACAACCUAUUAAGUCUGCAUCUAUCGCAGACUCUUAGUUCACAUUGACGACAUGCAAAAAUGAAUUGUCCCAGUGUAUGAUGGCAACUCUCACACUGAUGAGAUCCUUGUAUCUUGCGCCAUUGAUUGUGCUCACACGCAUGAUUCUCUCGAAGACCCUCCG